GCUGUGGACAGUCAGUGAGACCGUAAGUGUCUGAGAGAGGAUUUAUCAGAGCUGGAGGAUGUCUUAUUACGAGCACAUUAUAUUUGGGGAUGACCUCGUCAGUGAUAACCAGACCGACUUUGGUUCUGGAGACCUCGGCGCUGAUAUGGAGACGCCAUGCAACCGCGAGGGGAACCAGGACCUGCAGAGGAUUUUGCUUCCCACGGUGUACGGUGUGAUCUUCACGCUGGGGCUUGUGGGUAACGGGCUGGUGGUGGCAGUGAUGGGGUGCCAGAGGAAGUCGCGCACCAUGACUGACCGCUACCGGCUGCACCUGUCCGUAGCCGAUCUGCUGUUCGUGCUCUCGCUGCCGUUCUGGGCGGUGGACGCGGCGAGCGGCUGGCGCUUCGGCGGCUUCAUGUGCGUGCUCGUGCACAUGGUGUACACGGUGAACCUGUACGGCAGCGUGCUCCUGCUCGCCUUCAUCAGCCUGGACCGCUACCUGGCCGUUGUGCACGCUACGAGCAGUCAGGCCACGCGUCGCCUGCUGUCCGAGCGCGUGGUGUACGCGGGCGCGUGGCUCCCCGCGGCGCUCCUCACUGCGCCUGACUUGGCGUUCGCGCGCGCAGAGGAGGUCGGCGGCGUGGACGGGACGCGCGUCGUGUGCCAGCGCAUCUACCCGGUUGACUCGGCGCUCGCGUGGAUGGCGGCGUUCCGCGCGCAGCACGUGCUCGUCGGCUUCGUACUGCCUGGCCUCGUGAUCCUGGUCUGCUACUGUGUCAUCAUCGUUACGCUGUCGCGCGGCUCCAAAGGGGCGCAGAAGAGGCGCGCACUGCGCACCACCGUGGCACUCGUGGCGUGCUUCUUCGCCUGCUGGUUGCCCUACUGCGCGGGCAUCGUCGUCGACACGCUACUGCAGCUCGGCGUCGUCACGCACAGCUGCGCGCUCGAGAGCGGCCUCGAGACGUGGAUCUACGUCACCGAGGCGCUCGCGUACUUCCACUGCUGCCUCAACCCGAUCCUCUACGCCUUUCUCGGGGUCAAGUUUAAGAAGUCGGCGCGGCGCGCGCUCACCGGCGGACGUGGAUCCAGUCUCAAGAUCCUCGCCAAGAAGAAAGGAGGCAUGUCCUCGGUGUCCACGGAGUCCGAGUCGUCCAGCUUUCACUCCAGUUAACGCUCAAAAAACAUCACGUGAACUUCUCUUCUCUUAGUAUAAAAAUAUGUAAAUAUCCGUAUGGACUGAAGUGACUGAAUGAACAGGCUGAGCCUGUACUCAAAAUGACUCUGCCAGGAUUUUAGUACAUUUUUGUGUCAUGUUGCAUGUGUGUUAAAUUGGUGUUAUGAUGCACAAGAACAUCAUGAGUUAGCAAAAAAGCAUCAAAAUAUAAUCCAUUCAUCUAUUUUUCCAUGAUUUAGAUGGACACUGACUGGUCAGAAGGCUCUGUUAUCACUAAUCCAGCACAUGUUUGUGUCAUAUUGUGUUUAAUGUGUUAUGAUGAACUGCACAACAUCAAAUUCAUCCAUCUAUCAAUCUAUCCAUCUUAACCUUUCUGCAUGUGACAUCUACAUCUAUAUUACUGACUGCUUUUCAUGUUCUUUGUUUCCUUAUUUUGGGUUAGAUUAGUAUGUGCUGAACACACUGGUUGUGUUUAAAAAAAAAAGAUUUCUGUUUCACAGGACGCACAGAUGUGUUAACAAAAUAACACCUCAUGUUGUUUUUCCUCACGUCUGUCUUGACAGCAUAGCGGAUGGAAGUACCAGGAUCAGACCUUUUUAUUAUUUUGUUUGUCUUAUUGUCUCUUAUUGUGAUUCUGCACUUAUGUACAUCAUGGCUCUUAUUUAUUGUGUUUACAUAUUUGAGCAAUAUAUAUAUCAGGACUGAUGAUGAAUGGCAGUUAAGUGAGUGAGUAUUAAUGUGUCAGAAUUAUGCAUGUUGUUUUGAUAUGAGCUGCUGUGUAUAGCUGUGUUUUGGAGUCCUUGUAAUAAAUAAAUAAAUAAAUUACAAAAAGGUG